AUGGAAGUCAUGGCCUCAUUGCCGCCAAUUUCAACUGUAUACGUUCAAAAUCUCGAGGAGAGAGUGAAGGUGCAGCAAUUGACAAAGACGUUGAUGACAGUAUUUUCGCAGUUUGGCAAUAUUGUCGAUAUAAUAGCCAAGAAAAAUCUUAAGGGGAAAGGUCAAGCCUUUAUCGUUUUUGAGCGUCCUGAAGAUGCUUUGGAUGCGAUCGAUGAACUCGACGGAUUUGCGCUUUUCGACAAGCCAAUGAAGCUUUCUUUAGCUAAAACACGAAGCGACAAGACGGUUGAAAUGAAUUGCUCUUUGGAAGACUUUGAAUCUCAUAAAAUCCAUAGAGUCGCAGAGAAAGAUAAACGCCUCGCCCUAUUGGCAGCUGAAGGGGACCGUCAGAGCAAAAAAAGUUCUGGGCAAACUGCAGACUCUCGGCCCAGCAAGCUCUCCAAGCCCUCUGGACUCAAGUCAACUGGCCCAGCGAUUCCGCAGGUCGUACCAGACGAAUAUUUACCACCAAACAAGAUUCUCUUCUUGCAACAUAUACCCGAUGAGUAUGAUGCAGAGGCAUUGGGGCUAAUAUUCAGCAGAUUCGAAGGGUUCCGAGAGAUACGAUUUGUUCCUGGUCGUCGAGGUAUUGCUUUUGUGGAAUACGUUGAAGAGCAAGGUGCUAUUGCCGCAAAGGAGAGUACGUCUGGUAUGAAACUUGGGGAAGCUUUACUCAAGGUCACAUAUCAAAGGCAGUAA